GGAGCAUAUUAAUUGUGCAUUGCAACAAAAACUUCAGCUGAGUUCAGCCAAUGAAUGGCAGAGCCUCAACCCCGUGUCUGUAUAGUACACUACGGUGACUAUAAAUGGUUGAUGGUUCCUGGCAACCACCAACUUGUUCAUACGGAGUAAGUUAUUUUUUUCCAAAUUAAAAUCUAAAAAUAGCAAUAUCAAAGUAAACAUUUGCGAUUUUCGUUUUAAAUUUGUUUUCUUUUACUAUUCAUUGAUUGAUCAGGAGAGUUGCCAGCUCGUUUCCUCACAGCUUCUCGUCCUUCCUCCCUUCCCAUAUAGUCCAACUUAGAUCCUAAAUCAACAACUUCAGGGAAGAUUCAAGCUGCUUUUGCUCUAUACCAGCUUCGUUUUUUAUUGCUUCCUCUUGGUGCAAGGUUGAAGUUUAGAAUUUUCCCAUUUCUCUACCAAGCUAUACUUCCUACAAGGUUUUGCUGCCUUUGUAUGUGGCAGAAGGCAAGGAAUUUCUUCAUCAGUUCAUUUUAAGGGGCACUCUUAUAUUGCAGAUGGCUGAAAGCUCUGAAGGAAAUCAUGAAAUUAGUAGCCUGCCAGAUGAGAGCUACCGUUAUGAGAGACCAUAUUUAGAAUCUAUAUACGAUUCAUUCUUAUGCCCUCUAACGAAGCAAGUGAUGCGUGAACCUGUAACUACUGAAAAUGGCCAAACUUUUGAAAGGGAAGCAAUUGAGAAAUGGUUUAAGGAAUGUAAGGCAAGCGGAAGAAAUCCUGUUUGUCCCAUAACACAUAGAGAGUUAAAAAGCACAGAGCUUAAUCCGAGUAUAGCUUUGUCGAAAACUAUUAAAGAAUGGAAUGCACGAAAUGAAGCUGCUCAGCUUGAUAGGGCUCGAAGAACACUGUCUAUGGGAAAUGCUUCAGAGACUGAUAUCCUGCGUGUGUUGCAAGAUCUUGUGAACCUCUGCCAGAAAAGUAGGUCCAAUACUCAAGCAAUCCGUAAUGCAGAUCUGAUACCAAUGAUUAUUGAGAUGCUUAGGAGCAGUAAUAGGGGAGUUCCGCUCAAAGCUCUUGAAACUCUUCGAGCUACUGUAGAGCAUGAUGAUGCUAAUAAGGAUAUAUUGGCUGAAGGUGAUACUGUGCGGACAGUAGUGAAAUUCUUGCACCAUAAGAAAUCCAAGGAGAGAGAAGAAGCCGUUUCUUUGUUAUUUGAGCUAUCAAAAUCCCAGUCUUUGAGUGAAAAGAUUGGAUCAAUCAAUGGAGCCAUUCUUAUCCUAGUUGGAAUGGCAAGCAGCAGUUCAGAAAAUGUUGUUACUGUUGAGAGAGCUGAAAAGACACUAGUAAAUCUUGAAAAGUGUGAAAGCAAUGUACGUCAACUGGCAGAAAAUGGGAGAUUAUGGCCUCUUUUGACUCUGCUACUUGAAGGAUCAAAUGAGACCAAGCUUUCAAUGGCUGCUUUUCUUGGUGAUUUGGUCCUUAACAAUGAUGUGAAAGUCUUAGUAGCCAAGAGUGUCGGUCCAUCACUCAUUAAUAUGAUGAGGGAACAUGGUAGCAUGGAAGCUAGAGAAGUUGCUUUAAAAGCUUUAAACCAAAUAUCUUCAUACGAAGUGAGUUCCAAGCUCUUGAUAUCAGCUGGUAUACUUUCACCCCUUGUGAGGGAUCUCUUUGCCAUUGGUGCCAAUGCACUUCCCAUGCGACUAAAGCAAGUCUCCGCUACAAUAUUAGCAAACAUUGUGAACUCUGGUUAUGAUUUUGAUUCUAAACAACAGCAUCACCAGAGUUUAGUUUCAGAAGGCAUAAUCCAUAACUUUCUCCAACUUAUCAGCAACACAGGACCCGCCAUAGAAAGUAAGCUUCUUCAGGUUCUUGUUGGACUAACUAGUUCCUCCACCACAGUAACCAGGGUUGUUUCUGCUAUUAGAAGUUCAGGUGCUGCAAUCAGCUUGGUUCAGUUCAUUGAGGCCCCACAGAAGGAUCUUAGAGUGGCUUCCAUAAAACUUCUCCAGAACCUCUCCCCGCAUAUGGGUGAGGAAUUAGCAGGUUGCUUGAGUGGUACUAGUGGUCAACUUGGCAGCCUAAUCAAAGUCAUAUCAGAGAAUACAUUUGGUAUAACUGAGGAACAAGCAGCAGCUGUUUGCCUUUUAGCGGACCUACCUGAGCGUGAUAUAGGCCUUACAAGGCAGAUGCUUGAUGAAAAGUUCUUCCAGCUUGUCAUCUCAAGGGUAGAUGGCAUACGGCAUGGAGAAAGAAGUGGGGGGCGCUUUGUGACUCCAUUUCUUGAAGGGUUAGUGAAAGUUCUUUCCCGCAUCACUUUUGUUUUGUCCAAUGAACCAGAUGCUCUUGCAGUUUGCCGUGAUUACAAUGUUGCUUCACUUCUCAUUGAACUUUUGAAAACAAACGGGCUUGACAAUGUACAAAUGGUAUCUGCUAUGGCCUUGGAGAACCUAUCUCAAGAGUCAAAGAACUUGACGAAAUUGCCCGAACUGCCUAAGCCUGGUUUCUGUAUAUCAAUCCUCCCUUGUUUGGGUUCCCCACACGUUAUAACUGGAUUAUGUAAAGUCCAUCGCGGGACUUGUUCGUUAAAAGAGACGUUUUGUCUUUUGGAAGGUCAGGGUGUAGAAAAGCUGGUGGCUCUCCUUGACCAUACCAAUGAGAAGGUGGUUGAGGCAUCCCUUGCAGCUUUGUCCACUUUGUUGGAUGAUGGGGUUGAUAUUGAACAAGGAGUUCAGGUGUUAUGUGAUGCAGAAGGAAUCAGACCCAUACUUGACGUGUUGCUUGAGAAACGUACGGAAAAUCUGAGGAGAAGGGCAGUUUGGGCAGUUGAGAGACUUCUGCGCACUGAUGACAUAGCUUAUGAAGUUUCUGGGGAUCCAAAUUUGAGCACAGCACUAGUGGAUGCAUUCCAGAAUGCAGAUUAUCCGACAAAACAAAUUGCGGAACGGGCAUUAAGGCAUGUUGAUAAAAUCCCAAAUUUCUCUGGUGUCUUUCCAAACAUGGCAUAGGGAUCAACAAACGAUUUCCUUCAUGUUGAGGCCCUUGUAUCUAUCUUCAUUAUUGAUGUAUUUAUAUUUAUAUUAAGUUGCUUCCAAGAUCUUAAUUUUUCUGUGAAUAUAAGAGGCGCAGGUAGUGAGAUCACACACAUGGAUUUCAUUAAAAUUUUCAUCUUUGUAUAUGGUCUUAAAUUUGUUAUUGGCAGAAUUUUCUUUUCAGUUAAUUAUUACUCCCCGAGUACCAUCCGUAAAGGCGGUGUUUGGAUAUUGACCCGGAGGCCCAAUACCCGGAUUAAAUGCCCAGGACAUCCAGCCCAAACAACGAGUCAACUACCCUAUAAAAAGUAGGCCUGGUGAAAUAUUCAUAUCAAAUGAGGUUCGGGCCAAGUAAAGGCUGGCCCAGAAGACAGACAUACCGAACGGGGUUCGGGUCAUACAUUAUACUUGGGUCAAAUCAACAAUGUUUUACAGAGGUCAUUAUCCCGUUCGGGCAACAGACAGCCAGCAUGUGGCCAGGUAGAAUUAAUGCCAGAUUGUGACUUCAUCAAGUGGGGGCAUGACCCGGGCGGGUGGCCCGGCCCGAACCGGACCCGUCCAACCCUCGGGCCAGUCCCGGGCCCACUAUUCUAGAACCGGCGGCCCGACCGGGCCUAGGACCGGCCCGAGCCCGACCCGGCCCGAAUCCAUCCCUAGGCAUGAGUGAUCAAGUCGGUGGAACAUCCCUAAAGUGUCCCAUACUCUCCAUUUGUAUAAAUAGAAGGUUUAAUAUCAUUGUAAGGGUUAGCUUUUUAAGACUUAAGCCCUAGAAUAGCCUUAUUACUCUUGUAUUAAGCAUCAAUCCGACGUACCGUUUGAGUAAUUUCCGUGUAAUCAAACAAGUCAAUUAAUACUACCUCCAUUCUUAAAUAAGUGCAACAUGUGAAAUUUUACACUAUUCACAUGUUCUACUUUGACUACAUUUUAUUUAUUGAUGUAUUAAUAUAUUUUUUUGAAAAAU